CAGGCAAACCGGGGCGCGCCCACAGGAAAUGAGGUUUUCUUUCGAGACGCAGCCCAAUGCUCUGUUACAAAUGGCAUCUUGCCCCCUACAUAGGGCACUACGCGGAUCGUGAUAUAAAGACUUAUCGAGCUCGAUAGUUCACUAUCAGCUUACAGAUGGAGAUUUUGGACUGAGCCUGAGUCAGACCACGCACACAGCACGCACACACACACACACCCCGCGAGGACCACUCCGCUAUGACAUCCAGGGGGCUCUUCAGCUGGACUGUGGUGGUGCUCACUUGUCAACACAAAGGCAGCGUCUAUGCCUUCCAGAGAGAAUUGGAGAUGCGGCAGCAGCGUGGGGUUUUCCCCCCUGAAGCGCUGCUGCUCACCGUGCCCGAUCCACAGGAGCGUAUUGGCAGUGGAGGAGCCACACUUAACGCACUGCUGGUGGCUGCGGAACACCUCAGUGCCAGAGCUGGAAAUACUGUGGUGACAGCAGAUGUUUUGGAUGAUGCACACAUUCUGAUUUUGCACACGGGCAGGGACUUUCCCUGGGAUGGCUGCAACAGAGCAUUCUGCUGGAUGCCCAAACAGGCGACCGAGCAGUGUGUUGAGGGACCUCUAUGUUGCUUAGACAUGCUGCUGGAUUGCCUUUCGACUAAGGUGUGUGUUGGCUCUCCACCAGGUGUCUGGGUGUGUAGUACUGACAUGAUCCUGAGUCUCCCCACUGCUCAGGAGAUAUCGUGGGAAGGCUUUUCUGGAGUGCGCGUCGUGUCUUUGCCUGGCGAUGUGUCUUUUGCCACUAAACAUGGCGUCUACCUCACUGAUGCAGCGGGUGGAGUGUGUGAUAUCAUUUACCGAGGUUCAGAAGAGAAGAUCCUCUCUGCUGCACUGCAUGAUGGGAAAGUUCCUCUGGUUUCUGGACCUGUAUUUUUCUCCAGAUCUGUAUCUGAAAAGCUGUUACAGACUCAUGUUACUCCACCACUGGAUGGCUGCACUUACCUAGGCAUGGACUCUGGUGCUCCACCCCUACAGAUCUCCCUCUUUCUGGAUAUUCUGUUGUGCCUUUGCUCAGAACCAACGGAGACAGAGUUUGUGAAUGGUGAAAGGCCAGGUUGCAGUUCACCUCUGGGUCCACAGGGGGCAGCAGUGAGGAGUGCUCGUGCUGUGCUCUGGAGAACUCUGAAGGGAGUUUCUCUUUCACUUGUGUACAUUCCAGAUGGACAGUAUGAUUACCUGACAAUCUCAGGCAAAGAACAUGUCAGACGUCUAAUUCAAACUGGGACAGAAAAACAGACACUCUCACACAUACAGAAUUUACAGUGUGUGAAUGAAGGCAGUAGGGUCAUCAACUCAGUGUUGGAGGGCGACGUGUGUGUUGCAGCAGGGGCAGUGGUGCAACACUGCUAUUUACAGGGUCCAGUUCAAGUUCCCUCUGGAUGCCUCCUGUCUGGCCUGGAUCUGAGCUCUUCAGGUCGGGUGCAGCGCAUGCCUCUGACGAGUAACAUCAUCCUGCAGGGGCGCAGGGUGCAGCUGGGAGAACUGAAGUUAACAGUGUUCACAGUGUUUGGGGCUAAUGAUGAUUUGGAGGCUCAUAGUGAUGAUGCUGCUGGCUCAUUCCUCAGUCAAACAUGGGCUCAGUUCUUUAACCGCACUGGAAUACAGCCUGAGGAGCUGUGGGGAGCCGAGAGUGGAGCGUGUCGCUGUCUGCUGGAUGCCCGUCUGUUUCCAGUGUUCGUGCCAAAGGGUGGGCCAGUUGGACUGGAGGGAGUGAGCUUUCUUCUGGGCAGCUCUGGGAGCGCAGAGAGCUGGAGAGCAGCCUGGAGACUCUCUCUCAGAGAAGUGCUGUCCCUCACUGACCAGCAGGAGGAGCUGCAAUGGAGAGAGAAGCUGUUCUUCAGUUCAGGACAGAGGAGAGCUGUGGACACACUGAGGGGCCACACUGACCACAACCUGCUGCCUUUCAUCAGAGCAGCAGUGUUGGGUGGGCAGCAGGGGGAGCUGCUGGAAGCACUGGACUCUGUGGCAUCGAGCAGCAGUGAUGACCUGGGUGUAGCUGCGCGCAGUCUGGCAUGCAUCGCUGAUGUUUUGGGCUGUCUGGCAGGGGAGGGUCGAGGGGGAUUGAGGAGUGGACCAGCUGCAAACCCCUCAUGGUCCUCUGCCUUCAGGCUGCUGGAGCAGGGAAAACUGGCUGACGGGGUUAAAGAACUGGCCAAUCAGAGAGUACACUGGCUUAAUAGGCCAGAUCUGCUCGUACGAGCUGCCAGACACUAUGAAGGAGCAGGGCAGGUUCUUCUGAGGAAGGCAGUGAUGUCAGCACACAAGUUUGUAUUUAUUGGCCAGAGUGAGAUGCCCCCUAUGGGGGAGUGGCAGGAAGUGGAGUGUCCAGCCAGACUGGACCUCUCUGGUGGCUGGAGUGAUACCCCUCCUAUUGCAUUUGAGCACGGUGGUGUGGUCGUGAACGUGGCAGUGAAGGUGGAUGGAAAACGGCCAAUUGGUGCCAGAGUUCGCCGAAUACCCAAACCACAUCUGAUGUUGGUGAGCACUAGCGGCCCGCCAGACUGCUGUGUGACAACAGAAACAGUGUGUGAGGUCCUUGCUGAUCUGGAGGACUACUGCCAGCCUAAUGCUCCUGGUGCCCUUUUAAAAGCGGUGUGUGUGUGCAGUGAUGUGGUGUGUGUUUCGUCUCCUCUUUCUUUGGAGCAGCAGUUGCUGCAGCGUUGGGGAGGAGGACUGGAGCUGCACAGCUGGUCCCUCCUGCCUCAUGGCUCAGGCCUUGGUACAAGCAGCAUCCUAGCUGGAGCAGUCCUGGCAGGUGUAUACAGGUGUUCUGGGAGGAGCUAUGACACCAGUUCUCUCAUCCAUGCUGUUCUGUAUCUGGAGCAGAUACUUACCACAGGUGGGGGCUGGCAGGACCAGGUGGGGGGGCUGGUUGGAGGAGUUAAGGUGGCACGGUCACAUGCUGCUUUGCCGCUUAAAGUGGAAGUGGAGCAGCUCAGUCUUCCCCAGGACUUUCUGUCUGCACUGCAAGAGCGCCUCCUGCUGAUCUACACGGGAAAGACACGUCUGGCACGCAACCUGUUACAAGACGUGGUACGAAACUGGUACAGUCGUCUACCCUUGAUAGUGCAGAAUGCAGAACAGCUGGUGAGCAAUGCUGAGGACUGUGCUCGAGCCUGCACUGAGGGGUCCCUCCCGGCACUGGGGGCCUGUAUGAACCGGUACUGGCAGCAGAAGAAGGCGAUGGCUCCAGGCUGUGAACCAGCUGCUGUGAGAACUAUGAUGAAAGCCCUUCAGCCUCUGACUUUAGGGCAAAGCCUGGCAGGUGCAGGAGGCGGAGGCUUUCUCUUCAUACUCACACAGCAUGCAAAUCAGGAAGAAAAUGUACAGCAGGUCCUCAACAACACACAGGGCCUGGGAGAUUUCAGUGUGCACUCAGUGGAGUUGGACAUGGAAGGAAUCACAGUGCUGCAGCAAAAUGCACACAAAAUGCUCACUAACUGACUUAGUGUGAUGAAUGGAUGAGACCUCUAUCGUCUAUCAUUGAAUAGGGUGAUAAAUCACUGCUAUGCCUGAAUCCUAUGAUAGGGUGUGAUCCAAAGCAAAUAUCAGGUGUUGGUGAACAAAUGCAUCGAUACUUUUAGAUCUGCUUCCUGUUUCUUUAUUAAUUGUGUAAAUACUCUUCCUGUUUACACCUGGUCUUAUCUGGAUAAGACACAUUACAAGUCAGAUACUAGUCACAUGCUGUGACCAGGAGUAAACAGGACAUACCUUCACUGUCAUGUAAAAUCCUUGUAUCUCCAAAUUGGCACUUUUAUAUAUAAGACUUUAAAGAAAGUCUUUUCUUUUUCUUAUCUUUCACUGAAAGUCAAUGUAAAACAACUGAAUCAACAAAACAUUUCUAUUGGGCAAUUAAUUACCAACCUUUGACAGUGCAAUGAAGAAUUCAUGACUAUGGGCCUUAUCUUUUACCCUGCGCUAGGUGCGUCUCGGUGCUCAUGGCUAUCUUACACCCUGUCAACCCUCUAUUUUCACACCUUCCACCUUUGUCGGUGCUUACGGAUAUAUCUUCACUGAUGGGCGUUGUGGCCUGGAAGAAGCGGAAAGCACAGGUUCACCAUUGACUGAGCUUUGAUUCAUUGCUAUUUUAGCAACACAGGUGCCCUGCGCACACUCAAUGCGUGUACACCCCCGCUCAUUACACAUGCACAGAUGUGCAGCAGCGCACAAAUUCAACUUUUACAUCAACAGUAAACAGAACACUAAAUAAAAUAACAUUGCUGUUCCUCUAAAUGACCUGCUACCAGAGUUGAGAAGCACAGAAGUGCUGUGCCAUUAAAAUACCAAUCCGCCAAAGUCAGAGUGCACCUGUCUAUUAAAGAGAAUAGCAAGUGAAACACAGAAAUGCUUAAAUAGGGCCCAAUAUGUUUCAAAAUGAAAAAAAAAAAAAACAUAGAUGCUUGGCUUGACAAUUUAUAUAUAAAACUGACAGACAAUAUUUUUAUAGCAUUGUAAGGGUGUCAAAAACACAUUAAUUUUUUUACAUUAUCGUAUUUAAUUAAUUAUUUAAUUUAAUUAUAAUUUAGUCCAGACUUAAAUGCAUUUCAUGUGGUGAGAGCAGAUUUGGUGACAGCCUAAAUGCCACUUAAUAUUGAAAACAAAAGUAUUUACAUCCCAAAAGUAUAGUUCUGCAACCUUCAUGUUUUUUUUGUUUUUUUUGCCAGUUGAUUUUGCAUUUUACAUUUAACAUGAUUGCGUAGAUAAUAACACAUGCUCAAGAUGAUCUGUGAAAAUAUUUCACUUUUUAUUUAGUUGUUUUUGUCUGAAUGUAUACAUUUUAACAGGUUACUUAAACACAAAUACUGAACUUUCUGAAAAUUUUAGUCAGUGUAGAAAGGGCUGUUAACACACUAUACUGGCCUUUUAAUAAAUAUCACCAAGACUGGCCUCACUGCCAGUAGGUAAGACAGACAUGAAUGUAAUUAACAAAUCACUAAUGCUAAACUACCAUGUAGUUUCUGAUGGUUGUGAUGACAUGACUUUUUCCUUUUUAUAUAUAUAUAUAUAUAUUAGACAGUGCAGUUACUGUGGUGUGUUGAAGGACACACCAAAAAGUAAGAGAGUAUUUUUAGGAAGGGUAAGAUGAGUAAUAGAAAUGGUGUUACAGAAACUGUUUUAUGAGUAUUAGAAGUUUAUUCAGCACUUGAAAUCAUACUGAUACUGAAACUUGUUUUGUAUUAAAAUGUUAAAUUGUAUGUAAAUUCUGUAUGAAACUACUACAGUAUAACAUUUUACAAAUAAAGAAGUAUGUCACUAUA